AUAGUAUCCUAAUUCCUACCGGCAUAUAAAUACUCUAUAAAUGGUCGCAACUGCUAAUUGUACCCUACUUUACCGUCAGGAAAGUAGCCGGAAAUUUCUAACUCCCGCGUUGCUGUCGUUUCUCCGAAGAUUUGAACAAUGGGUCAAUCACUUGGAUGUCUUCAAGUAGAUCAGUCCACUGUGGCUGUGAUGGAGCAGUUUGGCAAAUUUGAUGAUGUGUUGGAGCCUGGGUGUCAUUGUGUUCCUUGGUGUUUGGGGUAUCAAUCUGCUGGUACUCUUUCUCUGCGUGUGCAACAGAUUGAUGUUCGUUGUGAAACAAAAACUAAGGACAAUGUCUUUGUGACUGUGGUUGCAUCCAUUCAGUACCGAGCCUUGGCAGAAAAGGCUUCUGAUGCAUUUUACAAGCUUUCGAACACAAAGGCACAGAUCCAAUCAUAUGUAUUUGAUGUUAUACGGGCCACUGUGCCUAGAUUGAACUUGGAUGCUGCAUUUGAGCAGAAGAAUGAAAUAGCUAAAGCAGUGGAGGAUGAGCUAGAGAAGGCUAUGUCUGCCUAUGGAUUUGAGAUUGUCCAGACCCUCAUUGUGGAUAUAGAGCCCGAUAUUCAUGUAAAAAGGGCAAUGAAUGAGAUAAAUGCUGCUGCAAGGCUUAGGGUUGCCGCAAAUGAAAAGGCUGAAGCUGAGAAGAUACUGCAGAUCAAGAAAGCUGAGGGGGAAGCGGAAUCAAAAUACCUGUCAGGACUUGGCAUUGCACGUCAGCGCCAAGCGAUUGUGGAUGGGCUAAGAGACAGUGUCCUUGCAUUCUCAGAGAAUGUUCCCGGGACAACAGCAAAAGACAUCAUGGACAUGGUUCUGGUGACUCAAUAUUUCGACACAAUGAAGGAGAUUGGCUCAUCUUCAAAGUCCUCUUCUGUGUUUAUCCCACAUGGUCCAGGUGCUGUGAAAGACAUUUCCUCACAAAUUCGGGAGGGUCUUCUUCAGGCCAGUAGUAUUAAACCUUAGUUUGACGGGGAUUUGUGGUAACUUCAUAUGCUACUUUCUACUUACUUCAAAGCUUGUGGUUUGCCCUAGGAAGAUGAACAUUUAUACCCGACUAUGCCUUUACUUUCCUCAUAUUGUAUAUUCCCAUGGAUUUUAGGAUGUGUAUUUACUCUAGGAAGAUUAGUACUUGACGAAA